AUGGCAGGCCCGUACCUCUCACCUCUGGGCCCCCAAGCUGACUUGCUCACCGAAUAUAUGUUCGGAAGACGUCGUCAGGUCAGUAGACGCAAUCGGACAACUUUUACUCCACAACAGCUACGAGAGCUGGAAUCUCUCUUCCAGAAGACACACUAUCCGGACGUUUUUCUAAGGGAAGAAGUCGCCCUAAGAAUUUCACUGUCAGAAGCCCGUGUUCAGGUUUGGUUUCAAAAUCGGCGAGCAAAAUGGCGGAAGCAGGCCCGCCUGCAGUUGCUUCAGGACGCAUGGAGAAUGCGGUGCUUGGGGUUAGGUAGCGCAGCGCCGUUGCUUCUAAGGCCGCCCCCUUCGGCAUCGCUGGAACGUCCGGACACGGCGACGCCACCACCCCCGUCACCACUUCCACCACCACCAUCCACUGCCGGUACUAACAAUCCACCUCCCCUGACGUCGGGCAACACUGACAAAAUACCAGCCGCUCCAUCUUUGUCCGUUUGCAGAGAUUACAGGAUUCUUCCACCUCCCCAUGGAUAUUCAUUGUCCUGUGAAAAGUCUCCGGACAGAAUGAAAUGUGGUUGCGGUUCACCGCCAAGGAUAUGUGCUAGUCCGGUAGAAAAAGAUGCAAACUUAACUGUCAGAGAUAGACCUCAAGAGGCUGAAAUGGAUCUGACUGUGAAGGGUCCACCUCGAAACACACCGAUCUCAACUUUGUUUCACCAAUUGCCUCAACAAGAACUUAGUCCUCCACAAAAUGUUGACGAACCUCUAGACGUUACACUCAAUACCAACAAAAAUAAUUAA